CACGUGUGAUUUGCUGUGGAGCGAACUACACCUCCCGGCAGGCUGCGGAAGGGGGUCGAGUAGAAGGACCGCCGCUCCGGCCUCCCGCGACUUCUCGAAGCCGGGCAGGUCCCACCUUGUAGAGGAUGGAGGUGACCGGGGACGCCGGGAUACCAGAAUCUGGCGAGAUCCGGACUCUAAAGCCGUGUCUGCUGCGCCGCAACUACAGCCGCGAACAGCACGGCGUGGCCGCCUCCUGCCUCGAAGACCUGAGGAGCAAGGCCUGUGACAUUCUGGCCAUUGAUAAGUCCCUGACACCAGUCACCUUGGUCCUGGCAGAGGAUGGCACCAUAGUGGAUGAUGACGAUUACUUUCUGUGUCUACCUUCCAACACUAAGUUUGUGGUGUUGGCCAAUAAUGAGAAAUGGGCAUACAACAAUUCAGAUGGAGGUACAGCUUGGAUUUCCCAAGAGUCCUUUGAUGUAGAUGAAACAGACAGCGGGGCAGGGUUGAAGUGGAAGAACGUGGCCAGGCAGCUGAAAGAAGAUCUCUCCAGCAUCAUCCUCCUAUCAGAGGAGGACCUCCAGAUGCUUGUUGACGCUCCCUGCUCUGACCUGGCUCAGGAGCUACGUCAGAGUUGUGCCACCGUCCAGCAGCUGCAGCACACACUCCAACAGGUGCUUGACCAAAGAGAGGAAGUGCGUCAGUCCAAGCAGCUCCUGCAGCUGUACCUCCAGGCUUUGGAGAAAGACGGCAGCCUCUUGACAAAGCAGGAAGAGUCCUUUGGUGAGGGGGUGGAUGCAGUAGACACGGGUAUCAGCAGAGAGACCUCCUCGGACAUUGCGCUGGCGAGCCACAUCCUUACUGCACUGAGGGAGAAGCCUGCUCCAGAGCUGAGCUUAUCUAGUCAGGAUUUGGAGUUGGUUACCAAGGAAGACCCCAAAGCACUGGCUGUUGCCUUGAACUGGGACAUAAAGAAGACGGAGACUGUUCGAGAGGCCUGUGAGCGGGAGCUCGCCCUGCGCCUACAGCAGAUGCAGAGCUUGCAUUCUCUCCGGAGCAUCUCGGCAGGCAAGGCCUCACUACCUGGAGACCUGCAGAAUCCUAAGCGAGCCAGACAGGAUCCCACAUAGCAGCAGCGGGAAGUGUGCCAAGGAAGCUCUGUGGCGUUGUGUUAUUGGUAGACACCCUCAGCCUCAUCAUUUGACUACCUAUGUGCUACUCUACCCCCUGCCUUAGAGCACCUUCCAGAGAAGCUAUUCCAGUUCUCAGCAUAUGCCCUUCCACCAAUUUUUUUUUUUUAGCCCCACCAGCUUCAGGACUUCUGCCAAUUUUGAAUGAUACAGCUGCACCAACAAUAUCCCACCUCCUCUGAUUACAUAUUACGUUCUCUGUUCAAAAGUAAUUGGCAGUGAUUGGCCGGGCGCGGUGGCUCACGCCUGUAAUCCCAGCACUGGGAGGCCAAGGGGGGCGGAUCACGACGUCAGGAGAUCGAGACCAUCCUGGCUAACACGGUGAAACCCCGUCUCUACUAAAAAUACAAAAAAAUUAGCCAGCCAUGGUGGCGGGCGCCUGUGGUCCCAGCUACUCGGGAGGCUGAGGCAGGAGAAUGGCGUGAACCCAGGAGGCGGAGCUUGCAGUGAGCUGAGAUUGCACCACUGCACUCCAGCCUGGGCGACAGAGUGAGACUCCGUCUCAAAAAAAAAAAAAAAAAAAAAAAGUACUUGGCAGUGACUAUGGGUGCACUGCCUAACAUUUAGCCCUGCCCCAUAUGGAACAAGUU